AUGACCUGCUCUCUGGGCGGAGCUGAAGAGGGCCUUGUGCAAAACAUUCAUACCAGAAUUUUCAGGCCAUCAUCCCGACCUCGAACUAAGAGUACCAGCAUCGACAUCCGGCCGAGCUGCAGUUCACAGGCCGCAGAAACCACAAGCCAACGGCCAGCUGCCGCUCUUUGCCCUGGAGGCCGCACCGCAAGCGCAGCCUCUGCGCCCUCGUCACCUGGAGCGUCAACAUCGCCGAGUCUCCAGCACAUCGUUAAGCUUGAAGUGCUGUGUCGUCACCCAAAACUCCAGCUAGGGUACAUCUCCGACUUACACGCCACCAUGAGCGUCGCAUACGAGCCUCGAUCCUUUAUUCAUGAGGGCGCCUAUCCCCCCAUAGGCGACGAGCAUGACCAUGCUGCCGAACAACGCUUCACAGACUCCGAUGUUGCCGAGCAUCUCAGCCAUUAUACCGCAGAAGCUUCCAUGCUGCCGGAUGACAGAGGCGUCAUGGGGGACGAAAGAGAUAUUCUAGCUGAUGACGAUGCUGUCGUUCAAGAAGCAGCUCAAUUAGAUCUCGAUACACCAGAGUUCUCAUCGCCACUCCAGGUUGCACUACAUGCGCCGCCGCUACCAGAUUCCAUGCACGAACACAAAGAGCUCCCACGAAUCGACAUAUCCUCUCCGUCAUCGCGAAUAAAGCCAAUCAUCAAGCCAGAGCGCGAAGUUCACAAGAAAUCGGAUGGGAAAUUUCAUUGUCCUCUAGAUGACUGUAAAGAGGAAGUUCGUGCAUUCUCGCGCAAAUGCGAAUGGAACAAGCACAUGGACAAGCACGAACGCCCUUAUCGCUGCCCGGCCGAAGGAUGUGAAAAUCUUCCUGGCUUCACAUACUCUGGUGGCCUCCUCCGACAUGAGCGAGAGGUUCAUGGCAAGCACGGCGGCCCUAAGAACACUGUCAACUGUCCGCAUCCCAACUGCAAGCGACAUACUGGCAAAGGCUUCUCUCGACAGGAGAAUCUUAAUGAGCAUCUUCGCCGAGUACAUACCAACAUGGAUACAUCGGCAUCUCCUGUUGAGGCCGCCGCCUCUCCUGACGACAAUGAAAGCGAGAAAUCUGGGACGAAGCGAAAACGCCGUCUGAGUAGCCAAGGCGGGGACGAGCUUUCUGAUCUUCGCGAGGAGAUCAAGCGCGUACGAGAGGAAAACGAGAGGCUCAAGUCCGAGGUGGACCAGCAACAGGAACACUCUCUAUCUAUGAUGGCGCAAAUCGCGGAGCUCCAAGAUGCGCUAAAUCAUAGCCUUAAUCCUCAUGGACUCGGAGCCCCCACGGCACAGAUGAUUUAG